UUCUUUAGUUAUAUCUUGACAACACCUUUACCUUGGAAACACGUCUUGCAUCUGCACCUAUCUCCCCACUAGACUUCACGAUUUUGAAUAUCCAAGAAUAGUUACCGCUUGCCGCUUGCGAAUCUGACAUGGUCCUCUUUUACACCUCGAAUGCCGUGUCUCCUCCAGCUACCAUCUACAUGGGAAAAGACAAGGUCGAAAAUGAAGACCUGAUCAAAUACGGCCUCGAGACAGACGUCUGGUUUCACGUAGACAAACUCUCUUCGGCGCAUGUAUAUCUUCGGCUACCUCCCGAUCUACCUUAUGGUGAUUGGCAGAAUCUACCGCCGGCGCUCGUGAUGGAUCUGGCUCAACUUGUCAAAGCGAACAGUAUAGAGGGGAACAAGAAGAACAAUAUCACGGUGAUAUAUACACCCUGGAGCAACCUCAAGAAAACCGGUGAUAUGCCCGUUGGUCAGGUCUCCUUCCAUCGUAAUGAGCGGGUCAAACGAGUCCAUGUGCCAGCUCGAGAAAACGCCAUCGUCAACCGAUUGAACAAGACCAAGGUCGAAAAAGAGGUGGACCACGAGGCAGAACGACAAGCCCGGCUCAAGGCGGAAGGGAGAGUCAAGAAGGCCGCGGCGAUUGAGCAGGAGCGUGAAGCAGCCGCGCAGCGCAAGAUAUGGGAAGAACAGAAGAAGGGUAAACGAUUCGAGGGUCUCUUCUCAGAAGAAGCUUUCGAAGAGCGGGCAGCGCAAGAGGACGAGGAUGGAGACGAUUUCAUGUGAGGUAUAUGACUAUAUCUGUUACUUGCAGAGUGUUCGUGCAGGAAAUGACAAGAAAGGUAUAGAAAGAUAUGUUACAAUACAUAAUGCCUGUGUGAACCUGUCACCUUCUUGCGGUGAAAUGAUGACAAGGUGUAUAUUAUUAAAUGGACGUUGGAUGUUCGUAAAUGGUAUGAGGGGCGGUAAAGGCCGGCCUCAUACCGUAGCC